UAGGGAAACCCUCAUAAGGCCUAGUUUGGGUUUGUCGCCAUUGCUGAGAAACCCUUUCCUGUAUCCAUCAACCUCCAUGGAUCAAUCGGCACUACUGCAACUAAAGGCCUGCAAACUCGAGAAGAAGGGCAAUGUCUUUGUCCUAACCCUAACAGGCGAUGGCGACCACCGGUUCAAUCCAUCCUCCAUUGAAGACAUAACACAAGCUCUUGACUUUGUCCACAAGGCCCCAGGCCCAAAAGCUCUGGUCACCACAAAUGAAGGUAGGUACUUCUCUAAUGGCCUCGAUCUCAAAUGGAUUGGACAAAACAUGCCAUCUAGCCUCAAAACCAUUCAGCCAAAAUUUGAAGGUCUACUGUGUAAGAUGAUGAAAUUAGGGUUGCCCACCAUUGCUGCAAUCAAUGGCCAUGCGGCGGCUGGUGGGUUCAUGUUUGCCCUAGUCCAUGAUUAUAGGUUCAUGAAAAAUGAUAAAAGUGUUCUCUAUAUGAGUGAAUUAGACCAUGGAAUGUCAUUGCCUAGGAGUUUAAUGUCUGUGAUCAAAGAGAAAGUGCCACCUUCUUGCUUGAGAGAGGUAGUUUUGAGGUCCCAAAAAUUUACAGCUUCCGAAGCUCGGACACUUGGUUUGAUCGAUGGUUUUUCUGGGAGCUUGGAGAUAACUUUGGAGCAGGCAAUGGGGGAAGCUAAUAAACUAGCAACGAAGAAAUGGGACAUGGAAGUUUAUGCGAGCCUCAGGUGCGCGCUUUACCCAAGCAUGAUCGAGGAGCUUGAGGCGCAUAGGGAUCCUUAUAUAUGGCCUAAGGGAAUGGCUAAGGUCACUUGCACCCAAGCUGGGGCUGAAAGGAAAAAUACCCAGUGGUAUCCCUCUCGGGAUAAUUACUUCAUAGAACUUAUGCUCAAGCAGGUUAAUCAAGGUCGGUUGAUCAGUUCGGGGUUCCACAGAGAUGGUUGGAAUGAGAUGGCAAAGAUGAUGAAAAAGAAGUUUGGUAAGACAUUUGAUAAAGAUAAAUUGAAGAAUAGAUUCAAAACACUGAAAAAAAUUUAUCGCGAAGUCAAACAACUCCUCGGACAGUCUGGCUUUAGAUGGUGUGAUAAGAAAAAGAUGGUGACAGCCGAAUUGGCAGUUUGGGAGGAAUUCAUAGUGGAACAUCCAUGGGCUUCCAAAUACAGAGUUAGAAUUUUGCCGAAUAUUGAUACCUUGGCCAUAGCUUUUGGAGAAACCAUUGAAGAUUGGAGGCAAAGUCAAAGGGUUUGUGAUACAAAUCUUGAUGACAUCAUGCCAUUAGGAGAUACUGAUCAAAAUGAUUUGUCUGGUCACAUGUCUGCUGCACAAUCUGAUGCUCCCCACAUUGACCCAGUCGAUGAACUGGCUGAAUCAUCGUCUUCGGGUGAAAAUGCGAAAACGUCAUCUAGUCAAUCUAAGAGGCGCCAAUCCGAAGCUCCCCCCUUUCUACCUCCCUUAAAGAAGCGAGUCAUUUGUGAAGGAACAUCAGAGGUAAUGGAACCAUUAGUGAAAACAGAGAAGAUAUUGACAUCUCCCCAAAACCUUCAGAAACAGUGCUUAGAAUCUGUGAAAGAAAUUUACAAGGAUGAUGAAUUAGACAAAGACCUCUUCUUGAAGGCUAGCGACCUGUUUCGGGAUCCUUUGAAUUCUAAUGUUUUCUUAGCAUUGAAUCCCAAGUAUCGAAAGAGGUGGCUGGAUUACAAGGUUGGAAGGUCCCCCUAGUCAGUUGUUUUUCAGAACUAUGUUUAAAAAGUUCCUUUAGUUAGGGGAACUUACUAUUUUGUUUAAUGCCAUAGCUAUGUUAUUCAGAACUAUGUGAUGGCAAUAUUAUCACCUCCGUUGUUGAGGUUUUUGUGUCUUUCACAUCCAUUUUUCUGGUUGCUCCUCCCUUAUCCUGUCCUUUCAUUACUACGACCUCUUAGGCCUCUUCUUUGAUGGAGUUCUUCUUGUUCAUCUUUCACCUUAGUUUAUUUUGGGGUGCAUGCUCUAACGAGUUUGUAGUAUCCAUGAAUGAUAUUUGCUCAUGGGCUUGUAAGGUUACCUGGAUUUUAUCAACUGUCAUGGCCUUCAAGGCUCCAAGAUUCUUCAAUGCCUUUAACAAUAUUCUUACACUUGAGAUCAAGUGACAGUGCUAAUUUAUCCAUCUCUUGAAGAUUUCCCAAAAUUACCCCAUUUCUUUUUAGCUGGUUUACUAUCACCUGACCCCUUAGAAGUAUUUUGAAAUGUUCUUGGAUUCGUUCAUGUGCAAUACCUUGAACUCAGGUUUAAGAGUUUGAAGGCACACUCUCAUCACAUUGUCAACUCCCAUAAAAUGAAUUCUUAAAAAUCUUCUUUGCAGCGGAAGUAACUAUUCAAAAGUGGCUUCAUCCAUUUCUUGUGGAUUAGAAAUAGAGCUUUCUAAUCCAACUUUCAUGACUCCUUUAACAAACUUCUCUGAUUUUGAUUCAAAUUAGCUUCUUCUUGAUUGGUUGCUGGUUCUGCAUAUCCUGUUUUCAACAAUUCCCGGGCAUCUCGAGGCGCCAACAAUGCCUUCAUUUGAAGACUCC